GCCGUCGCCGUCCGCGAGUUCGCGCAGUGUACGCGCCUGGUCCGCGACACGGACCAUAGGUUACGUGCGUAAGUGCGCGCCGUUCGCGGAACCGUUGCUUCGCAUCGCGCGAUACUCCGCCGCCGCCGUCGCCGUCGCCGUCGCCGUCGCCUCCGCCGCGCUCCUUUCCCCGCGUUUCGGACAACGAGGGCUACUCGCCCGACGAGAGAGCCUCGACACAUGGCACGUUGACUCCCGGCGACGAGGGGCCGAGUGGGCAGGAAAGCGAGAGAGUCGGAGGAGUCCCAGCUUCCUCGCGUGUGCCGUGCGUGCCGUGCGUGCCGUGCGUGCCGUGCGUGCCGUGCGUCGUGUCUCCCAUUUCUGCGCGCCGCUAGGAUCCGGGACAGAAGCGGCGAGCCGGCGCCAGGAUGACCAGCGGCGAGGAGACGGGCAAGAGUGUGAUGAACGUCGAGACCGUGUAUCGCGAGGUCAACUCCAAGAACGGUUGGGCGUCUUUCUAUCAGGAAAUACGUAGCGAGUGUGAGUCUUUCCGUUACACAUGCAAUGAAUCAAAAAAGCCACAGAACAAAACCUUAAAUCGCUACAGAGAUGUGGCGCCGUACGAUCAUACUAGGAUUAUACUUCAAAGAGGCGUAUGCGAUUACGUUCACGCCAAUCUCAUACAGGUGGAUCGCGCUGAAAGGCAAUAUAUCCUGACGCAAGGACCCUUGCCGAAUACCGUCAGCCACUUUUGGCUGAUGGUGUGGGAGCAAAACUGCAGGGCUGUAUUGAUGUUAAACAAGAUCAUCGAGAAGAACCAAAUCAAAUGUCAUCAAUAUUUCCCACUGGACGACAAAAAACCCACUAUGACAUUCGAAGACGUUAGUAUAAAGGUGGAUUACAUCAGCAAGAAGGAAUUGUCAGAUUAUACCACUAGAACGUUACGUAUAACGGACUUGGAAAGUAACGAUAGUAGGGAAAUCUUACACUUUCAUUACACCACUUGGCCAGAUUUUGGUGUGCCGCAACGUCCAACGGCGUUUUUACGUUUCUUGGCAGACGUGAGGAAAUCAGGAGCGUUAGAUCAAAAUGUCGGUCCGUCCGUUGUUCAUUGUUCCGCGGGAAUAGGACGAUCGGGGACAUUUUGCUUGGUUGAUGCAUGCCUAGUAUUGAUUGAAAAAUAUGGUUUAAACGCUCUGGAUGUACGGCAUGAACUGAUAGAAAUGAGGCGAUCUCGUAUGGGCCUGAUACAAACGCCUGAACAACUUUGUUUUUCAUAUGCUGCCAUCAUUCAAGGAGCAAAACAAUUGCCACUCGAUAACAUGGACAUGAAUAACGAAACAACUCAAGAUGAGAUAAUAACCUAUGACGAGAUGAAUAAUAAAAGUGACCAUCCAUUAGAAAAAGAUGACGAACCUCCUCCUUUACCACCUCCGAGAGGAGAGUCUUUAACGCGUAGUAUAAUGGCAGAUCUAAGCUCGGACGGCUCGACUGAUGACAAUGAGGAUAUGUCAAUUACAGAAGAAUUAGGUGGACCGCCUGAUAAACCGCUACCAAGUGAACCACCAAAUCAUGUAGAAUUAUCUGCGGACACAAUUCUGUCUACUGCAAAUUGUGUAGGCGAACAAAACUUAGAUGACGGCACAGUACUUGACGAAACUCUUUCUGAUGACGCUGAGAACUCUAUUAUAACAAACAAUUCUCCGUCCAAUUCAGACGCGAAAGGGGAAGUACGUCGGCGCAAAGCGGAAAAGAAUGAACGACUAGCGACACAAGUACGCGAGAUGAAACGCCGGCAGAAGGAGAUGGAAGAAAGGCAGAAAUUCAAGAGGUCAUUAUUUUACCCCCUUAAAAUAAGCUUAGGCAUUGGGAUCGGUGGGGGUAUCAUAGCGAUCUGUUACUAUCUGUACAUGCGUAGUUAGAUCUAUCUUAUCACAUUUAAGGAUGUCGUACGUACGUAUAUAUCAUCUUUUGAACUAUCAAUACUAUUUCUAUGACUCGCAUAAGUGAAGAAAGUUGCUCUUAAUAUGCGAUUCUAUUGUGAGAUUUUAAUGACCGAAUUUUGGUUGAAACAUCAUUGAGAGAGUAGUUAAAUAAAAGAUUGUCGUAUCAUACGAUCGGCAGUAGAAUCACAUCGCCAGCAAUACCGCAAACGAUACUGUCUCUGUUAUGGAAGGAAUGAGCAAAAAGGAAAUAGGAAAGGUAGAACGCAAUAGAAGAACAGGAAAAUGCUAACAAGUGCAAGGUAUAUUAGUACGAUUUUGGAUUGCACUGUUACAUAUUCAGUAGUAAGAACAAGAGUAAAAGUGUGGACGAAGCAGGAAAGGAGAUGGACUUUCGAUUUGUAUUUUUAUAUUGUGAUUUAUUCCGAGUAUGAGUAUCUAAAAUGUUGGAAUAUGUAUAUUCUUUUCACAACUCUUUUAUUACACUUGCUACCAAGAAACGAAUAGCUUAUUCCGCAUAUGUGCUUACGGAGACACUGAAGAUAAGUAACUUUUACGACACAAUUUUUGUAGAUUUUUAAGUUAUAAACAUAUUACUUGCAACAAUUGUGUUAACUAUCCAGGUACAUUGCUCUUGUAGAUAAAAUAUUUACUCAAAAGCUAGUUAUGCUAUAUCACAAUAUAAUCAUAUAACUUUAUAAAAAUAUGAUUGUAUGAAUUUGCGUAAAUUCCGAUCAUUCAAUCUUUAUUUACUUGUAGCGUUGAUAAUACACUCAUAUGUAUAGUGAUACAUAUAAACACACCGAAAAUCACAGAUAUAUAAAAUUAAAUUAAGCCUGUCCGACUGUUAUUGGAUAUAGCUUGGACUUUGUCGUUUCUCACAAAUAGAUGCACUUUUAUCUAACUUGGAUCUUUUUCUUCUUAUUUAUUUAAUAUGAUGAUAAAUAAAUAAGCGAAAAAGGAGACGUUAUAUUUCUGUGGUUUUCGACUAACCGUUUCUAAGUAAAUAAACUUGAUGUUAAUAAUAUCAAUUUCUUUAGUAGCGUUAAAUGGGUAUACUAGUGAUAGACUUAAAAAAGAAUUUGUUAAACGAUUUUAUUAUAGUUCCAUAGAUUAAUGUUUUUAAUUGCUGAUUGGAGUAGAUUCUACUGUCUUAUAUCAAAAUUAUUCGUAAAAAUUAUUCGUGAAAAUUUAUGCAUAUACAUAUUAUACAUUAACACUUAACAAAAAGGUUUCAAAAAUGUUUCUCAUUUAUUAUGAUAAUUAUGCUUAAACUUUUUAUUCUUUGGCUAUGAGUAAGAUAUACUUUCUUCUUAUUUAUAAUAUUUUUAUUUUCCUUUUUUGUUACAACGGAAUCUUACAUCUCAUGCAAAUCGUCAUCUGGGAUGAUAAUAUUUGCCGCAACUACCUUAAUUUGCACGAUGAUAGCAUGUAGAAUCAAUUAUUUUUAUUUACAACAAGACAUUCCUGAAUGAAUAUUAGCUUCAAAUUUCUUACGCUUAGAAAUGGAAUUAUCUUGGAUGCGAUUAUGUAAAAAGAUUCUAUUCCCCAUGUCAAGAGAACUUUUGCUGAUAAAUGAUUUGUACCUUUUUUCUGUUAUCAAGUAAGUUACACAAAUAAUGUCACGAAUUUUUAGUUUGACAUGGAAAUCGUUGGUAACAACAAAAGAAAAGACACCAAAAUAUGCAAUAUUGUUAUAAAUAAGCAAAGUGUUAUUUCCAAGAGUUAGUGAUUUCUCUCUCUCUCUCUCUCUCUCUCUCUCUCUCUCUCUUUCUCUUUCUCUCUCCGUGAUAUACUCUCGCUUUGAAUCUUUUUUUUAAAUCAAAUCCUAUUUAUGCAUUUAUCAAUAUCUUUAUUAAACUUCGAAAAUUUAGUGAUAAAGUUUCGUUAAUUGUUAGAGGGAAGUGUUGGAAAGGGUUUAAAACAAAAUCUUAGAAAAUGUGAAUUCCAGCUCAUUGCCCAACAGCGUACGCUGCAAACUGUGCAUUGAGCGUUGUGGAUAAAGACUGAGUACGUCUAAUGACCUCUAGGAGGACAGAAGGAGGAGGAAAAAAAAACCGAGCGGUACAAUAACGAAAGUUAAGCCCGCGUAUUUCUUAAGUCGAGCUUUUAUACAAGCCACUUUGAGAGAAAGACUUGUCAGAUCGUGUUCCAAUCCAAAGAUAAAGCGUGAUGAGAAAAAUGUGCGUCGCGACGUCUUGAAAAGAUGCGCGUCACGUAAAACGUAUUUUUUACUUUUGUACGUUACUACCGUUGGAGCACGAUCUCCCAACGAGGUUUUCAGACACGUCGUACUUGCGCAUAUCGACGCGCUCGUCUUCGCGUGAUUAUGUACAUUGAUUAGAAUUACAGGUGUGCGAAUCAUGUGUGGCCGAGUCAAAUCGAAUCUUUUCAUGUUCAAAUUUAAAUAAAUAUCUCCUGGGUUCAUUAUACGUUGAUUUGAAAAUAAAAUCAUGCACUUGACCAUUUUUCAAUGACAUUUUAUUUGAAAAAUAGUUUAAUCGUUACAUUACAAAUAUUAUAUUUAUUAGACGGAAAAACGUGAUCGAUUCGAAGUCGAAUCGCCGAUGACAUUUGAAUUCGAGUCUGUUUGAUUCGAAAAUCAAGCCGUGAGUGAGUGAUUCGAUUCGAAGCAAUUCGCACACCUCUAAUUAGAACGUUGCAACAGAAAUUGAAUGGAAAACGGAGAAAAGGAGCGGAGAGCACUCCACGUGAAACACGAUGUCGAGGGGAUAUGCAGUAUUCUAUUGUCAACAACACGUUUUAACUUUACGCACUAAUAUACUAUUGUUAUCUAAUUUUUAUCGAGAUAUUAUUUAUGUAAGUAUAAAAACCGCGGUCUGCGACGAUUCGAUUGAGAGGAAACGACACGAUUAAUCUCGUCACGAUUAUUAUCACGUCGUUGGCGAGACGCACCAUAGCGUGGGGAUCCGUUCCAUCGCUCCAUGCGAAAUAUAAUCGAAGAUGUGUCCAACUCUCGAGGACGGCACGUAAUUCACUCGGUUAACAAAGAAAUUCGCGAUCGUCCACCCGCCGUUUCACGGCGCGAAAAAGAAUCGGGACGAACGAUCGCGGACGCUCAUCUCUCCUGUUGUUGGCGAUCGCGCGAAGCUUCCGGAAGUGAGACAUACGCUCAUGAAAGUUCGCAGGUCACGAAGACACGGUGCUAAUUAAAAGUUCCGAAAAACCGAUGUGCGCUCCGACGUGCGUGCGUUCGUGUGUGCAUGCGUAGACACGAGAUGAGAUGCGCGUAUUAUGAGAGAAUGAAGGAACGAUGGGAGCAGUCACCGAUGUUGAUCGUGCAACUCGCUUAUCGAAGCACUAUUCGGGAAAAUGCGAGCAUGGUUUCGUAUUGCCACCAUAGAAAUUGAAUUUCCCACCCGGUAACAAUUUUAAAGUAGCAGCUUACCAUUUUUAUCGUAACGUUUUUUAACAUUAAAGAAACCGUUUUUCUCCCGUCGAUUGCAUUAUGUGCGACGAUGUUUUUACGCGUCAUCCAAUUAUGAGCUUUUAAAAAAAAGCAUCUAUGGGCUUCACACUCAGCAUCGGACAAGGCAUGCGAGAGCAGGCCCGGCGACGCAUUCUUUUAUACUACUCGUGUGCAUACAAUAGAUAUAACGUUAUACAAACAAACAGAAACACAGAAACAUAGCUAAGUGCCUACUCGUACGAACAAGGGGAGUGAAGGAAAAUACACACAGCGAUCGGUGAAUUGUGUAGCGACAGCGAUUUCUCCCCUUUUUGGAAGAGCAUAGUCACCGUGGAAGCGAGCCGUUUUUAUUACCCGACAAUAUAUAAAUAGAUAGUUAUCUAUAAUAGUAAAAAUCUAAGGUUGAUUUAUUCAAAAUGGUACUUUCGGUGGUGCUCCCGCUACAUUUAAGGCAAUAGUAAAACAUCGCUUUUCUCGGAAUGCACAGAAUUUUUUAGAAUAAUGCAAAUACACGUUCCUUGUUAAUCGACAACUUCGACAAAAUCGCCUCUCAAUCGUAAAAAUGAGCAAGAAAUGGAAUAAUUGUGAUAGAAAUGUAUAUCUUGCUCGACUAUAAAUUCUCACCACGUUACAUGUUGUAACUUUUUUUGAUUCUACGCAGAAUGGCCAUUUUGAAUUAAUCAAUUUAUCAUAAUUUCCGGAUUGCCGAGCGAUCGUGCAUCAGGGUAUCGACGAAAUACGAGCGAUAAUGUCGAGCUUAUUCUCGAGUAGAAAUCGACUUUGUAUCAUUAACUAGACGCACUUGAUCGUGAACGUGCGCGAGGAAAUUCUGACAGUCGCAGGAACCUACAAGUCUCAAAUUUAAAGCAAUAUAUGCGGAUCAUCGCGGCGAUAUCGAAUGUGUACGAUUCGAUCGAUACGCUUGGCAGCCGGACUAAUAAUCGUAAGAAUCGAGUGUACGCAUUAGGCAGAUGUAAGAAUGGCGAGACAGAGAAAAUUGACGGCUCUUGAUUCUUAGAAGCGCACCAGCUAGAGCAUACAUUUUUAUAAAUCAUGAUGAUGUCGUUUAGUCUACAUAAUGCAUCCUUUAUAUACUACGGGGCCUUUUUACAAUUACUGACGAUUAUCAGUCGUCGAUUAUCGACGCGAGAAAAAGAAACAUAGAUUUAUUGUCAAUAUGAAAAAUAGGUAAUUGUGAGCGUGCUUCUCAGAGGAUUAAGACAAAAAUAUGUGAAGAUGGAGAAAACUGUAACGCUUGUUCGAUUAAUCGACUGUCAAUUGAGCAUCUUACAAAAUAAAUUAUUGUUUCCAUAAUUUUUUUUUAGUUUUAUCAAAAGUCGUAAUAGAUAGAAAACUGAGAAAUUGCAGAAAGAAAAAUUCGUAAAAUUUACUAACAGAACCAACACAAAUUCUGGCUAUUGAGAUGAUUGUGUAGAAGAAUACAAUUGCUUUUUACGUUGUUUUUGUAUAUUAGAGAAGAUUUAAAAAAAUAAUCGCUUAAUCGUACAGCGUCGGUAAAGGUAAUAGUUCUCCCUAGCCCAUUCUGCAUCUUGCACACCUCGAACUGUAGUUACAUUUACGAUGUACCGUUGUAGAACUAUAGCGUCGAAUGGUAUUUUAAUGUAUGGAAAACUGAAUGCACAGUAAAGGAAGGGAAACGGAAAUUGAAAGCGUGUGUGAAAGAAAGAAUUUGGAUUCAAGAAGAAAGAAAUUAGGGGUGAAGAGAGGAGCGAAGUGCGUAACGAGACAUUGUCUCAAUUAGUCGCACAAAUUACCGAAAAAAUCUACAAAUAUUUAAAAUUAUCAAGUACUAAAUUUUUCUUAUACAAAGCCUUAAUAACUUCUUGUGCAAUAUGUAUGUAUUUUUUUUCUAGAACCAUUUAUCGUUUCUAGAAAGUUUAUUCUCUAAUAUUGAUUGGUUAACGAACGAGCGUUAUUCGUCGAGUUCUAAUUAUCGAAUGUAUCAGAUGAGAUCUGUUUAUACAUAAUCAGCUGAUACGACAGGAAGAUCGCUACGUUAAACCGUUUUCCAGUCGUUCCUCUCUUUCACGUGAAUUCUAUGAUGGACAAGUUACACGAAUGGGCACUGGACGAUCACAUGAAGAUUUGCAUACAAUAAAAUUAUUUAUAACGGAAGUAACGAAACGGCAAGAUCAAUGCUCUCGCGAAUACGCACGUGCAUCAGGCCGCUUCGUUCGAAAUGGUUCCCUCCUGCGAGAACAUUCUCAAUGUAGAGGCUGUACUUGGCAGAUAUUUUACACUCGAAGUAGCGUUGUGAGAGUAGAAUCUCUCGCAUUGUAGGUUUCAUACAGCAUAAAUUUAAAACACGUAAUUCUUACAAUUGUGCAUUUUUCACCGCGAAUUUAUUUUCGCAAAAUACAUUUCUAUGGAAAGUCCGGAUUCAUGUACUAUGGAUUCAGGUAAUACAGAUGUUUUUUUACGAAUCAUCGACGCAAGUAUAGUAGAUCCCAGACAAUCAUGGCGAAGGCAUCUCAAAUUAUUUAAUCAGAUGUACUUUCUUAUGUUUAUACCUUCAUAAAACUUGACUAGAAUUAGUGCAGUGGAUUAUUGAUUAUUCGUCAAAUUUGUAGGAACAUUUUGUUUCGUUUUAAUGCCCGAUGAUUCAUCAAAAAUUCGGUGUUUACCAGGAGUACUUUUAAAUCUUAAUAAAAAUCAAUAUGUUUUGCAUCCAUAUGUUAUUUGUGACUAGCGAUUUUAGUUCGUAAACCAUAUUGAUAAGUGA